ACGGUUGUGAUAACUUUUCGUUUUUCUAGGUGUUGAAAAACAUUUUACAUAAUUUGUCCAGUUCUGGGCACAAAGUUGCAUCCGGUCUGGAUGUGCACGGCAACGUUUCCUUUGUAGGAAGAAAAUUGUCCUUUUACAUUUUGAGUGCACUGCGUGCACUUGUUUCUGUGCGCUGUGAUUUCUGCCACGUUAUUCCGCACGCAAUGGAACGAACACAUUGCUAGCAUGCGGGAGCAUGACCCAGUAAUCGGCUAUGUCGUUUAUUGCGCAAUUCAGCGCCGUGUCGAAGUGCUAACCCCCCUGUCUUGCGUCCGGCACGGACCUCAUUGUGGCCUUCGGCUUAAGAAUUUAUUUAACUGCGCAGUGCCAGAGCUGGUGGCUGGCAAAGUGAGCCUGAAACGUACACCAUGCGUCAACUCCUCGUACUUGUCACGAGUUUGCUGGCAAGUGCCCUCGGAUUAGGACUACGGUUUGGAGAGUGCCCUACGAAGGACGCUGUGAAACACUUCAAUGUAUCUCGGUUCCUGGGUCAGUGGUACGAUGUCGCACACAAUAUCGACGCCUUGGAUUUCUUUGACUACAAAUGCGGGAAAGUGUCUCUUCAAAGUGUUGGCGGGAACACCAAUAUAAGAUCAAGCACUGUGAACUCAAGAACGUUGGUGGAGACAAUAAUCGAUGGGUCUGCGCGUCAGGAGAGCUCCGACGACGGCAAAUUUAACGUCCAGUGGAACGUCAGGUCUCCCAUCC